CUUCGGUUUAUAUGUCAGAUCAACGUAUUACAUCAUUCAUCACCGCCUCUAAAGAAGUCAACGUUGUGGGUUUUAUUCUUAUUUCCGUCUCUUUUGGGAACUUCUACUUUCACAAACACCUGAAGGAUUAUAAUCAAUCAAACUGGAUGAAGAAGAGAUCUGAUCAGACAGUUUGCCCGUGUCCCACAGCCAGUGAAGGCAGCACGGUGGUGGGUCGAGCAGGCGGAGAAGUCACUCUGUCCUGUAAAUACGACAUUGGCCUCCAGGGGGCGCUGUCCAUCUGCUGGGGGCGAGGGGCGCUGCCCGCCUCGGGCUGCGGUGGCCAGCUGCUGUCCACCGACGGGCAGCGCGUGAAGGACGGGAGCCCAGCCUCCGGCAGGUACCGGCUCCUGGGGGCCCUGGGGGCCGGAGACGUGUCCCUCACCAUCAGCAACCUGACGGGGGCCGACGAGGGCCGCUACGGCUGCAGGGUGGAGGUACCGGGCUGGUUCAACGACCACAAGAACCACCUUGACCUGAGGGUGGAGGAUGCUCCACAGACGACGUCAUCGAGCUGGACGUCGUCGCCCUGGGAGACGGCCUCUAAUGCCACAGGUCAUGUGACCUCCAGCCAGCGCCUCGCCACUUCCUCCUCCAGCAUCAUCACGGCCGAGGUCAGCAGCAGUGUGAGCCCGGUUCUGGUCUGGGUUCUGGUCUGGGUUCUGGUCGGGUCGGCGUCUCUGGUCUCAGUGGUGGUCCUCGUCAUCACGCUCAGCAGGAGGCGACUCGCCAGGAGCGCCCUGGUCCCCGGCUUGGUCCGGUUCUGGUCCUCCUCCUCCGGCCUGCAGCUCCACAGUGGAGAGUCGGCGGUGGAGAACAUCUACCAGAUGGACGAGGGCGCCAACGGAGGCGGGUAUGAGUACCUGCCCUGAGUCCCCGGAGCUCCGCCCCCCUGACCGGACGGGACAGAAAAAGGAGAACUUCAGUCCUUCAGGGGAACCAGUGAUGGACUACGACUCCCAGAUAGCAUUGCUGUCAGUAGUCCAGAUGACGUCAUCUGAAAGCCGGUGUGAUGCUAAGCUAACGUUGUAGCGGCUCCUUCACGGGAAAGACGGCCGUUAUAUUUUUUUGUCCACUGGUAGACGUCAUGAGCAGUGGCGGUGCGUCCAUAGGGGGCGCUAGGGCGCCGCCCCUCUUAAAAUUUUGAGAUGAAAAAAAGAAGAAGAAAAAAAUACAUCCUGUCAAAAAACAUGAUAUGCCAAAUCAUUUAAAGAGUAAAUAUACCGUGUUGACGUGCUAAAUGUGUGUGGGAGACCGUCAGCCUGUCAACAACCACUUAAGUUAAAUGUGACAUAAAUAAUAUAUCGUCACUCAUCAUCACGGAGAGAAGCCCCUCCCCAUUUUAGGGACACCGGCCCAACGUGUGUGUACGGCAGCGAGCAAACAUUUCAGUCGUUUCGGCAAGGACGGCUUCUCAUUGGAGGAUGAAACGUGAAUCUUGGGGCACAAAAAUUUGUGCUCUGGCCAAUGACAUCGUUUUAUUAUUUCACGUGACUGGACUAUUCGGCCAAUCAGAGACCGGUAUCGUUCCCUCAGCCAGAGAGCUCCACGGAGCAACGAGAGCAGGUAGCUAACGGAGCUGUUAGCUGGAGCUCAGUGAGUAAUGCUGUUUAGUUUCUCCUGUCUGUCGUUCCAAAGUCCUGGGACUGAAACUCUCUGGACUACAACGGGGGGAGGGGCCUAAAGAGCUGCAGACAAGUGGAAAGCACGAAUGUUAACGCAGCAUCUAGCGAACAGCAUGGAGCUAACGAGCUAACAGCAUGAAGCUAACUAGCUAACAGCAUGGAGCUAACUCGCUAACAUCAUGAAGCUAACUAGCUAACAGCAUGGAGCUAACUCGCUAACAUCAUGAAGCUAACUAGCUAACAGCAUGGAGCUAACUCGCUAACAGCAUGAAGCUAACUAGCUAACAGCAUGAAGCUAACUAGCUAACAGCAUGGAGCUAACUAGCUAACAUCAUGAAGCUAACUAGCUAACAACAUGGAGCUAACUCGCUAACAGCAUGAAGCUAAUGAGCUAACAGCAUGAAGCUAACCCUGUCUCAGACCGAACUGGCAUCGAAACACAAGGAAGAAGUUGUGAAACAGACACAUUCCCUCAGAAUGAUGGAGGCUGAUUACAGACAUGAUGACUUUAACCAGAGAGUUAUGGAGACUUUAGAGAGAGGAGCGACUCUACAGGAGAGGCUCUGUCCCCAUGGAACAUGUGAUCUGACUCUACUCUGUCCCCAUGGAACAUGUGAUCUGACUCUACUCUGUCCCCAUGGAACAUGUGAUCUGACUCUACUCUGUCCCCAUGGAACAUGUGAUCUGACUCUACUCUGUCCCCAUGGAACAUGUGAUCUGACUCUACUCUGUCCCCAUGGAACAUGUGAUCUCUGACUCUACUCUGUCCCCAUGGAACAUGUGAUCUGACUCUACUCUGUCCCCAUGGAACAUGUGAUCUGACUCUACUCUGUCCCCAUGGAACAUGUGAUCUGACUCUACUCUGUCCCCAUGGAACAUGUGAUCUGACUCUACUCUGUCCCCAUGGAACAUGUGA